CGGAUGUCCACUGGGUGUCGCUGUAAUACCGUAUUUUAACCUAUGAUUUUAACCCAGAGGCUGACUUUGUUCAACACUUUACAUAAACACUUCAUGACAUAUCCAUCUUAACAGGUGAGUCAGUCAAAAUGGCGGCCCUCCCGAAGGUAAACACCACUGACAGCUUUAAAAUCGAGAUCUACAGUUACAUCAACGAGCUAAGUCUACAUUUGCACUCCAGAAAUGAAAACAUUUGUCCAUAUUGUGUGUGGUGCGGUGUUUCUCCUCGCCUCACCUCACUGUGUCAGCAGUCCAGUGCCAACAGAAACAUUUCAGACCAAAUGUCUUGAUCGUCACUUCUGGCUUUCUGUCAAGUCCAGCUUCAUUGGCCGGGUGACUCGUUUUGACUUUGAAGACCAAUAUGGACUCCACUUCCUGUCUGAUCACGAGGCCACGCUCUGUGGUUACACUGUCCUAAUCGAUGACGUUGGAGACCUGGUGUUUCGUGCCUCCUUCCUGGCCUGUCACGUCCACAGUGAGAGAGGCACAGACUAUCACCUGCGUCUCUGGUUUGUGAACCUGCAGGCGGAUGGGAAAGCAGCAGCGUAUCCCUUUCAGCUCAGCUGCUCUCUCCAGGGGCGCUGGAGCACCAGAGAGAUCGUGUGUGAGGAAAACUAUAUGGAGGUGUCUGUGCAGCAACAUAUCCUGCCCAUUACAUCCAAAAAGAAGUUGAAGGGAGCUGACGAGGCAGCAAUGGCUGUGAUGUUCCACACAGAUGACCAGUCACCAGAGGAAGCGAAGGUGUUCUCCCCGAUAGAGGCUGCUGCUCUUGGCUACCACAUCUCACUGCAUGGCUCUCACCUCACCCUCCGCUGCCCCUACUCCUCCCCUUUCUCAUACUUUGUCAAGGAGAGUGGAGUGGAUUUAGAGAUUGUCAGAGCAAUCAUCCUGUACCAACUCCUGGCUGUUGAAAUCACUGCUGCCUGCACACUGAGUGAGGCUACAGCUGAUGGGUCUGACCUGCUGUGGACUGUCCCUUAUAUUCUCUCUCCGUUAGUCCACGGUCGGUUCAGAGACAGAGGCGUUAGGGUCGGAGUAAACGGCCGGGCUCUGAGUGAGUCUGAAAGUAAAGAGAGAGGAUACAAGAUGGGCCUGCAGGAGGGGAGAGUGGAGGUCAGGAUUCCUGUUGGAGCCCAUGGUGGACACAUUAAGAGUGGUGUUGUGAGGGGACAGUACAGCCAGUCCAUGCCUACAGAUCUGUUCUUCAUGAGUCAGUGGGAGGAUGAGCGCUGGCCUUUCACGCAGCAUCGCUCCUUCAGGCUCCUCAAGUCUCCUCUCAUCCCACAAAUUCCAGUCCUCACCAACAACACAGACCUAUCUGACAGAUCGUUCUCCGCCAUAUUCGGCGUCUUUGCACCUGAUGUUUCCCUCCAGAAAGUGACAGUAGAUGGUGGUGAUGGUGACCUUUUAACCUGGACCCAGAGUGACACAGACGACCUCAGUGUGUCCAGGAUCUCCCACGCCAACGGGAGCCACUCCUACCAGCUUCGUUUCCCGUUGUCACACCCAAAAAUAAUCCCAGAGGUGGUGGCUAUGAGACGUACAGCCUCUCUUUCUCCUUUACUUUUAACAUCUUACCCAGCGGAAAGGUGUUUUACCAUCGAGCUACUAUAGAGCAGAGUGUCGAAUACACAGCUCCACGUUCCCCCAAGCUGGAGGGGAAGUGCACAGAGAGCAGCCUGCUGGUGCUGCUGCGCCACGGGACCAAGACCGAGCUGCAGUGGGAGCUGUUCCUCAGAGCUCGCAAGCUGGACUGGGACCUGGUGGAGAUGGG